CUAAGGCGGUUCGGCUAACAGAAUCGUUAGCACUCCGGACGAAAUACUUAGCGGCAUUUCGUCUGUUUUUACGUUCUGAGUUCGAAUUCCACCAAGGUGGACUUUGCAUUCUAUCCUUUCGGGGCCGAUAAAAUAAGUACUAGUUGAUUACUGGGGUCGAUACAAUCGACUUAUCCCCUUCCCCGAAAUUGCUGGUCAUGUGCCAAAAUUUGAAAUCAGUAUUUAGAAUUUCCCUUUUAAAAGUCUGAGAAACGUACAGCAAAUAAUUUCAUAACCACCAACAAUGAAAUCCCCCCACCCCUAUAUGGCCUUCGAAAAGACCAUAAAAGCCACACGGAUCAUUUACUUGGGCUACAUACCCGACUUGUUUGUGAUGCCAAUACAUACCACACAAACACACACAUGUAUGUAUAUAUGCCAUUAUUCAGUUUUAUUUCAAGAUUUCUUGCCAAUAGAGAAAGAGCUGGAUUCUAAGCUAGAUCCCAAGGCUUCUUCAUUGGAAUUUCAACAUCAACAGGAAUCAAAGAUGUUGCCCUUAAUGAAAACUUGGAUUCUGUUUUGUGUCAUGGUAUCGUCGCUGCAGUCAUUUAGAACUGGCAUGGCAAACGCAUCAGAAAAUUCUCACCAAUCCUAUUUCGAGAAAAGGAAGACUGCACUGAAAAACACGGAAGUUACUUUCAUAAAAAGACCGAAAAAUUCAAAGAUUCCCAAAGACUAUUAUGAAAAUCCACAACCAUACGAACAUAACUUUUAAAAAAUUAUUAACGAACCAGACAUUUGUUCUAAUGAAGACAAAAUACUUCUCCUAUAUGCUGUUCGAACUGUCUACCACAAUUUUAAUCGACGUCAAAUACAAAGGGAUAAUAUUCGCUAUAUUCCAAAUGACAUACGCUCCACACAUACAAUAGUUAAACAGGUUUUCCUAAUGGGUACAACAAACAAUUCUACAAUACAAUCCUUUGUUCAGAAGGAAAGUGAUAAAUACCGAGACAUCAUCCAAGAAGAUUUUUUAGAGUCUUAUGCAAAUCUUUCACUGAAAGUAAUAAUGGCGUGGAAAUGGAGCGUUGAAUUCUGUAGCAACGCCGAAUAUGUCAUUGUUAUGAAUGAUGAGCUUUUCGUAGAUCAAUACAAAUUGAUGCAUUAUCUCCAUUAUCAUAUGACUCUUGAUGGAUAUGACAACCGUUUUACAAUAUGUUUUCGUAAAGGUGGUGCAACAAACAGAGGCUUAUUCAUACUCAGAAACAUAAGCAUGUCAAUGUUUUAUAAAGGUGAUAAUUAUCCGUAUUUUUGUGACGGAGUUGGUUAUGUGGCACAUAUUAAUUUCAUUAAUAAACUGUACAUUGCCUCUUUAAGCAAUCAUGUUUUUAUGCCCGAUGAUGCUUGGAACGGACUACUAGCAGAAAAAUUAAAUACAUCUUUACAAACAGAAAGUUAUUUGUAUGCAUAUUACAAUGUAAUAGAACGAUUUUCUCACCCAUUUUAUCAAUUUUCUCUACUUAUGUUUGGUGUUACAGAUCAUAAACAGACUAACAAUCAUGCACUGCAAAUAUUAAAAAAUAUAUCUAAUACUGUGAAAAUUCAAAGAACACAAUACCGUUAUAAAAUAUCUGAAACUUUCUUGAUGGAAGAUGUUCCAAGUAAAACAAAUUACCUGCGUUUUGUUAGAAAAAGUGAUACAGAAAAUUUGGAAUUAUGCAAAAAUAACUUGAACAGUCUGUUUAAAAAUACAUAUGAAUACGGAAUUUGGAAAAGUUUGAUUUUCUUCUGUGUUUCUUUCAUUUUGUUUAUAAGAUAUAAAUUGUUUGUAAAAGUUAAAAUAAGAUCAGGAAUAGAAACACUUCUAGGUAAGUCUAGAGCACAGCUUUUAUGUAAAAAUAAAAUUAUAUGUGUUGUUGUUGGUAUAUGUUUAAUUAUAUAUGUGGUCUUCAUUGCAAGAUGAUUCAAGACCACACAUAGCUGGUUGUUUCUUUUUAACUGGCUUAACUAAAUAAGAAAGCCUGCAUGUUAGAAACGGCACGCUCCUUAAAUAGUGACAACGAAAAAGCUAUUUAACUGCACAAGCAUGGAAAAAUUGUCUAUAUAUGAAUCAAUGUAUGACUACGAGUAGGCUACGGUGUGUAUUUACGUAAGUGCGUCUGCGUGCGUCAAAUCCGUAACAUUAGUUAACGUUACAUGUUGAAACAGCAAGAAGAUUGAAUUUCAUAUGUAAAUGUAAUAAAAUAUCAUCUUUAUUUCAAUAUCAA